AUGCAUAGUUACAGCAGCCUUCUCGUCACUUUGCUCGCGACUACAGCAGCCGCACUGCCUGCUUCACAGAACAACUGGAAUGCCUCUCUCGCCAACUCAAGUUACGGUCCGAUUCCUGGAGAAUCAAGAACCUAUGUCGACUACAACAAGACCGCCGCUCCAUUCCCAGGAAACAUCACAGGCGCCAUAUUGCCAACCGAGAGCGGACCAGCAGGUCCAGACGAUCUUCUUUUCCAGAACUUGCUCAGUGCAGAAUGGGCAAUCUUCGACUUUUACCAACAAGGUGUUGAGGCUUUUGAUAGUUCUUCUUUCACCAAGCUUGGCAAGCCUAACAUAACGUAUGAUCGUAUCAUGCAAAUCCGUGACAACGAAGCAGGUCAUCUGCGUAUCUUCCAGGACAGCAUUAGUGCCACCAGUGUCAAGCCAGGUGCUUGUACCUACGACUUUGACUUCAAUGGCGAUGCGAGUAAAUGGCUAGGUCUACAAGUCAGCUUCGAAGUGAUCAGCAUGGCCUUCCUCACUGGUCUUGUUCGUGAAGCCACAACCGCAGACACAGCGAGUACUCUCGUUGCCAUUGGCGAAGUAGAGUCACGACACAACACAUGGGCUCUCACCGAUGUCUGGAACAUGAACCCCUUCUCUGGACCUUCUGACACUGUCUUCCCCUACGCAAACGAGAUCCUCGACCUUACACGCCGAUACAUCGUGCGUGGCAGCUGUCCUGCCGCCAACCCUACGUAUCCCUCGCCCAGACAGAACUUGCCCGCAACCACUGCUAAUGUCAAGAAAGCAGAGGGGCUUGUCAAGUUUGAGUUCACAGACCCUUACAACCAGCCUGACUGGUAUUCUGAGCAGAGAGAUAGACAAUACUACGCCGUCUACUACCACGGCGUUCACAACAUCACCAAGCCGUUCGAUACCAAGAGCAACACGUCUGCCUACCCAGCUGAAUUUGAUGCCGGGGAGGGACUUAUAGUUGCGGUCAUCGCAAAUGAAGUCGGUGCUCCAACUCUGGACAAUGUUGUUGCUGGUCCGGCAUUAAUCAUCGAACAGCCUGCUCUCUUUGCUCUCGAACAGCAAUGA